AUGAAUAGAUUCUUCAAAGUUUCAUCAAAAUAUCAAUACUACAAGUACUUGGAAUAGUAUGAUGCUGCCUUCUUGAGAAAAUAUCAAUCUGAAACCCACUGGUAUUUGGGUAGAAGAGGUGCCUGGAAGAAUUUAGUUAUUAAGUAUGCUGGUGAUCAUAUCUCUUUGGAAGAAGAACACAACGUUAAAUAUAAGACUCACUUAUCUUUCGUUUACUUGAGUUACAGAUUGGCUUGGGUUCUCUUUGCUUACGUUCUUAUUUACAAUCACUUCCUUUUGGGUGAUAUCGGUAAAACUUUUAAUGUUGGUGAAUGGGAUCACAGACUUAAGCCAUCUGCUGAAAGAGAUUAUCCUACUCGUUAUGAAUCUCUUUACAUUCUUGACAGAACCCAAAAGUGGUGA